UUAAACACGAUGAUUAAUGUUAGCGUUUAGUUUUUACGUGAUAGACACCACAUUGCUGCAUGAUGGCUAGAAGAAGAGGCGAGAGAUCACUACAGAAGGUAUUGAAUGAUUGUUCAGGAAACUUUCUUGAAGUUUGUGAAGAUUGUUUCAAACUGGAUCCUCAAAUUAUCGCAGAAAUAGAUAAAAGUCGUGGUUCUCAUUGUCCCCACUGUGAUGGCGACAAAAUAAUUCUGGUGUAUGAAACUAAAUCAACCAAUAAAAAGGAUUCCAUAUUUUAUGAAUAUCAAACCAUACGUAAAAGAAUGUCAAAACAUCCUAAAGCAAACAGAUAUUGCAACCAAAGAAACUCAUGUGAUCAACAAGCCUGCAGAUUUGUUCAUACAUAUUUAGAGAUGAAAAUAUGGAUUUUGGAAUCAUGUAGAAUAACUCGAAAUACUUUAUCACAACAUUCAAAGAAGAAAUGUGCUCGAACAAAAAAUAUUCAAUAUCAUUGUUUCCACUGUUCUUGUAACUUUGAUGACUAUGCAAGCUACUCAACUCAUUUGGAAUCACAGCUCCAUACUCAUAUGCAAAAAAUAAAAAGAAAGUAUAUUGUUUGGAAAUAUAAGGAUUUUCCAGAGUCUUUCGAUGUAAAAAUAUGUCCAAAGGAAAAUGAUCAUCAUGGGUAUUUGAGUUGUGAGUUUGCUCACAGUAAUCUGGAAUUAGAAGAAUGGAGAAUGAGAAGAAAUAUAGUUGCAGCAAGAAACUGUUUUUCAGAAAAUACUCCAGCAAGUAAUUACAUUGAUGAACUCAUUAAAAGAACUCAAAAGCAGCAACUUCAGGAACUUGAUGCAAUACUUGAGAAGAAAACCAUUCAGAUCGAUGACAGAACCGCUAACUGGAAAUUUCGUAUAUCUAAUAAUUCAAAGAUUGAAUAUGCUGCUUUUUUGCAACCAGUUUUUAAAUUGAAAUAUUCAGCUGCAAAAGUUUAUACUCAGCAUGUAGAAAUCAGCAGCAAUACCACUGCAUUUGAUGUUCAGUUUGAAAAUCCUGGAAUAUAUGGAGAAUAUAGUGGAACUUUGGUGUUUGAUGGUGGGCCAUCAUCACCGUUGCGAAUUCUUAAUAUAAAUGUCACUGUAGCAUGUUCUGGCAUACAAACACCACAAAUUGAAGUUUUAAAUCAAGAUUGGAGUGUUAACAGAGUUGUCAUUGAGUAUCCCGAAGAGGUCUUAAGUGAGGUGCAAUAUGAAAACAAUAUAAAAGAAUUGCAAAACAAAUACAAAAUACCAAAGGCAGAAAAACUGGAUGAUAUUUGUCUGGAUGACUUAACACCAGAAAACUAUGCAUAUCAAAUGCACAAUUUUUUGUAUAAAGAAGAAGCUGCAAGGCAGUCUGUACUUACAGGAUUGAAUAUUGAAUCUGAGCUGGUAUUUUCAAAUCAUGUGUUUCUUCAAAGUGGGGAUUUUAUAGGAUCAAGAAAUUCAAAACAACUGUUUGCUCAAUUCUCUAGUCCUGUCAGACUUUCAGCUGAUUCUGACGAAGGAGGGUUAAUUAGAGAUAGCUGUUCAAAGGUUCUCAUUGGUAUGAGAGAAAUCUCUGCUAUAGCAUAUGAGUGCAAGAUCAAAAUGUGGGAGAAAAACAUCAUUUACAUUUAUUUGUCUGAGAGAUGUGUCAGAGAACUCAAACUGAGUUCCGGUGACAAAAGAACUAUGAUUGUUCAGUUCAAAUUGAACAGGAGUAUUUUUUGUCUAAGGCAUUUUGCAAUAGAUAACUUGGGUCCCAGAAUGAAUCUUAUUUGCCCACUAAAAAAGGCAUAUGCAAAAUUGAAACAAUCUACAAGUGAAGUGCAUGAAUUGGAUGAAAAUCAGAAUAGUGUCCUUCAAGGAAUUCUCAGUAUGAAACUAAACAGUCAGUUUGAUGCACAAGACAAUAAAAGCUAUCCACCACUUGUUGUUGCUGGACCUUUUGGAACCGGAAAAACACACACUAUCAGAAAUGUAAUUUUGAAUAUCCUCGAGUGUAACGGCACUGAUUCGAGGAUACUUCUUUGCACACAUUCAAAUGGUGCUGCUGAUCUGUAUAUUAAAGAUAUAUGUCAUGAUCCUCGCUGGCUUGCUUGGAAAGAUAAAAUUUUACGUGUGAUGUAUCAUGGACGGGAUUCAAGAACAGUUUUGGUUAAAGAAGUGAAGAAUUUCUGCCUAUUUACAAAUAUCCAUACAUUCCGUUAUCCAACCCUUGCAGAAGUUCGUAAAUACAAAAUUGUAAUCACAACAUUUGCUACAUCACCUGCACUUGGUCCACUUGGUACUGGACUCCAUGGGAAUGCUUUCACUCAUAUAUUUUUAGAUGAGGCAUCACAGGCUAUGGAACCAGAGGUCAUUAUGCCAAUUUCACUCGCUAGUGUGACAGAUACAAAGAUAAUUAUUGCUGGAGAUCAUAGACAAAUAAAUGAAAGAAUGUUUCUAUCUGAUAAAGUAAGAAUUCCAACUUUACUAGAGCGGAUGUAUGAAGCAUAUUCUGAAUCGUUGAGAAAUUAUAGAAUCCUUCUUUGCAACAAUUAUCGAUGUGUUGAUGGGAUUUUGCAACUUAUUUCUGAGUUGUUUUAUAAAAAAGGUAUUUUGAAAAAGACUGGCAAUGUACAAUGCAUUCCUGGAUACAGUCCGGUGCAGUUUAUACAUGUUCAAGGUGAAUGCAGAAUUCUGGAUUCUGGAGAUUUCAUUAAUGUAUCAGAAGCUGAGCAAAUUUUACAGAAAAUUGAAGAACUCAUCUACCAUGUUGAUCCAACUGAGAUUGUUGUUACAACUGCUUACUCAAGUCAAGUUACUCUGUUGAGAGAUUUGUUGAGAAAGAAAGGACACAGAUCGGUUACUGUACAUAAUGCAAGAAAUCUUCAGGCUCUACAGUACAAGGUUGUGAUUCUCAGUUCUGUAUUAAGAAGAGUAACUUGCCUUUCAUGUAUUGGCAAGAAUUUCGGAUUUUUAUCUGACGGAAAUCUUCUCAAUACUGUUUUAACAAGAGCAAAAUCGCUUGUCAUUGCUGUUGGAGAUGCAGUUACUUUAUGUUCAACUGGUAACUGUGAUAAAAAAUGGAAAACAUAUAUUGAGCACUGUGAAAAUUCUCAAACAAUUUAUCCUCAACACAUAUCUUUGAAGUCAAUAAAACAAGAAAUUCAAUUUGCUAAACUUGAUCUUAGAGCGACUGCAAGUGAAUUCAUACCAUCCCACCUACAAAAUGAUGCAAGUCAGUCAUCACAUUCAGAAUUACAGCCCUCCACAGAAUUGGAUGAGGAAUAUUUGGAAGAAGAAAAUAGCGAUCAGAGCUUGAGCAGUUAUGAUGAUUCCUAUUCUGAUGAAUCAGAAGAAGAAGAAGAUGAUGAUCCUAUAUUGAAUGACAUGCUGCAAAAAGCAACAGGUUGCGAUCCAAACAAAUUAUAUGUUGAAGUUGAUUCUCAAGGACGAGAAAUGUUAAAUUAUGAUACCGAUUCUGAUUAUGAUGACAAUGAAGAUCCAAAUGAAAUUCACAUGAAAUCAUCGAAAAUACAUGAAAAACAUAAGCAAAUUUUUCCAAAACACAGUUUGGAAGAAUUGGAAGUUAUGCUAGCAAGAUAUCCUGAACAAUACAAAAGAUGUCGAUUACAUAUGAACAACUGGUUUUCAGGAGAAGCAUUAGAAAUUGAUGAAUUUUCAGGCCUCGAGAAAGAAAAUUCCGCAAUCCAGAUAAAUUCCAAAAACAACCUUGGAAGAACUUUUCAUCUUGAUGAAGUUGUUGUAAAAAUUUUAGACGCGAAACCAACUAGAGCAACUGAAAAGAAAAUAUUUGGUCAAGUCAUGGGAGUGUUAAAAAGGCAUAAAAAUCCAAAACAAGGAUAUUACCUGUGCAGACCUGAUGAAUACAAUUCUGGAAUAAUGUCUCCUAUUGAUAAAACUUGCACAAAAUUUGCCAUAGUCUCACCAAAAGAUCAGAGAAAAAACAACCCAAAUAAAGUUCCAGUUUACAGCAUUAAACACAAAAGGCGAGCAUUCACAUCACUUGAACUAAUAAAUUAUGAGAAUGUCAAUUGGAACUUUGCUUAUGCUGUAAAGUAUUUAAAAUGGGCAGAAUAUUUUCCUUAUCCUCUUGGUUAUGUGGCAAAAGUGAUUCCAAUUGAAAAUUACCAAAAGUGUCUUGAAUAUGAGUUUGGGAUUUCAAAGAAAGAAAAAGAAUCUGUGAUCAAUCAAACAAAAAAAAUAAAACUACCAGAACCUGAUUCUGAAGAAGUUGUUGAUGUUUUCACUAUUGAUCCCAAAGGUGCAAUGGAUUUGGAUGAUGCCCUGAGUUUAUCUAACUGUACAAAACAUAAAAAAUGUUUUAUUCUUGGAGUUCACAUCACUGAUGUAGCAUCGCUGGUUGAGAAAGGAACCCCUAUUGACAAAGCUGCUAAAAAGCAGGGGGGUACUUUAUAUGGUGAAGAUAGUGUAACCCACAUGCUUCCUAAAGAAAUGAGCACUGAUAAAUGCAGCCUGUUGCCUAAUAAAGUUCGAUCAGCAGUUUCAACCUACUUUCAUUCAAGUAGGCCUCCACCCCAUCUUAGUGGAAAUGUAGAUGAUUUUAAUUCACCUCAAAAGUCAUUUGUUAAAUCAAUAAAGCAAUACACAUAUGAACAGGCGGAGAAAAUACUUUGCAGUUCUUUAUCUGAACAAUGUUCCACUCAUUCAUUACAAAAUAAGAACUCAUUAGAUGUUGCAAUGGGUGAAAUAUGGCAAAUUUUAUGGAGUUGGAGAUGUACUAGAUUGGGUGGGGCAGCUUAUUACAAAGAGCCACGUAAUUAUUUUGAACUUUUGAAUGAAGGCCGAGCUCAUAUUUUGGUAGAAGAAGCAAUGGUUGCAUCUAAUGCCAACACUGCCAAAUAUUUAUUGUCUAAAAAUUUUCAAAUAAAUUUACGAGUACAAAAGAUUCCUGAAAAGGAAAAUUGGUUAUCUUGGAAGCGUGGAAAUGAGGAAAAUAUUGAAACUUCACCAUACCUUUCAUCCAUGUCUGAAUAUCUCAAAAAACAACAUGAAUUGCAAAGAAAAUUUACUCGCACUGUUGACAGUCGAGGACAACAAUAUGAACAACCCUCACAAAUCAGUGAAAAUCAUUCUGAUUUCAAUAAUGGAAUACAAAUCUAUGCAUCAACUUGGAAAAAUAUUUUAGAAUGCAGAGAAAUUGGUGAUCUCGACAUAUUGCUAUUUAUUAUAUCUCUUGCUGAUAUUCAUCCAUCUCAAGUAGCAGCACUUGACCAUUACAGGAGUAUACAAAACAGAUCUGAAUGGGUUUCUAAUCCCGGAUGUAACUCUGUGCAUUCUUCAAUGCGAUUGCUAAAAUAUACAAAAUGUUCUUCUCCGAUACGGCGCUAUUCAGAUCUUGUCAUACAAAGAUGCAUACAUCGUGCUUUAGAGGGACUGUAUCCCAUUAAUGAAACAGGUUUUGAUUGUGAUAUUGAUAGAAAAUUGAACAGUUAUGAACAGAAAUCUGAAAUGGCAAAACUUGCUAAGAGUUUGAGAGAACAGCCUACAGUCUUGACAAUAUGCAUUUCACAAAUUACUGAUGCUAACAUAAAAAUCCAUUUUUCAUCACAAGCCAAAUUGAUUCCAAAUAUGGCUAAACAUUUGGAUUUUGGCCAUUUAAUGCUUGAUAUGGAAGCUAAAGACUUUAUUGAGGGUCGAUCGGAAGAGGAGAUUGAAAGAACCAAAUCGGGUGAUGUUUUACUUGAUCUGCUGAAUGCCAUUUGGAGAUUCAGAUUUUAUGAUUAUGCAAAAUCACAAGGUUACAGAGUUAGCAAAAAAAUAUUGCAGAACAAAAUUGAUAACCUUGUUGUUACUAUCCCUCGACAAAAUUGGCAAAACCUCAUUGAUAUAAUGAAAAAUCCUCCUCGAUGGAUCGCAAUAGAUCAAGAAAAAAUCGAUUAUCGAAAAAAAUUGAAAAAUGCUGUUGAUCAAUUAUACUGUGAUUCUGAAAGCUCAAAAUACAGCGACAAAAUGUGUGGUCAAACUCGAAAUAGUCCUUUUCCUAUUUGUCACCAUCGGGAAAUAAGAAAGAGUCUUGUUUCUGGAACUGCUAUUAAAAUUCAGCUUUCAAGUUGGUUUGGCAAAAAUAGGCUUCCGGAACCUUGCGCUCAAUUACUUUGUGUGGCAGAUGAUUUGGACAUUUGUGUACAUCAUAAUCGGGAACCUUUACAUAUAUUUGCUCAUGAUGCUAGAACUAUGAAAGAUCAUACUCCUACCACAAUGAAAAAAUAUCAGAAAAUAUGGGAACCUUUAGUCAGAAUGGAAGCUGCUUUUAAUUCAGUAAAGGAUGGUUCUUCUUUCAUCUUGAAAGGAGUCAAAAUAUCAUGGGAUAUUGGUGGAUUUACAGAAAACACCUCUCAAGAAAAAAUAGAAAGUUUGGAUAUUGGUUCUUCAGAGAAUCAUUUUGCUGUUAGUUUAUCAUUCUGCAAAGAACGAUACAUAGAAUUUAACAGCAGUGAUUUGUUAUGCCUAAGACUGAAAGGUGUUCCUAUUGCAACUGAAAAAUCAUCGCUGACGUUGGACAAUUGUGAUCCAAGUUAUACAGUUGUAGUGCAUGGCAUUAUCACUUCAGUUGAAGAAAGAAAACCGAGUACUUCAAAAACUAGAUUACAAUUUUCAAACUAUGCUGUUUUCUUCAAAAUUUGUGACACAAAUAUGGGUAAUAUUCAAUACACUCUUCAAAAAGAAAACUUAUGGACAAUUGAAGUUAUUCCUCUCAGUUUGAUGCAUCGGGGAAUGCAGAGUUCUCUUAGAAAAGUUGCUAAGUCUAAGCACAAUUUGGUUGAGAAAAUAUGUAUGGAGACAAUAUCUCCUGCUGAAAAAAUUGAGUUACCUGAGGGAUCAGAUCAAAUUUUACAACAACGAAAACUAAUAGGAUUUCAUUUUGAUUUGAAUGAAAUUCAAUACAGACAAAAACUUAAUUCUGCUCAACAAAGGUUCACUGUUAUUCAAGGACCGCCUGGAACUGGCAAGUCAUAUAUGGGAGCUCAAAUUGCAGCAACUUUUGCAUUCAUCAAUAGAUUAAGAGAUCCUAAAAAUCCAAGAAAAGUGUUAUAUUGUGGUCCAUCUAACAAAUCCGUUGAUGUUGCUGCAGGAUUUUUAAGGAAUGCCGGACAUUUAAAAGUCAUUCGAAUGUACAGUACAAGUUUGGAAGAAAAAAUCUUUCCAAACCCAAUAAAGCCAAAACCUGUGUUUUCAAAUCCUGGGGAUGAUUUAAAGCAACCAGAUCCGAAGCUUGAAAGCAUUUCACUUCAUAACAUAAUCAGAAGAAAUGGCAAUCAAUGGGCAGACGAUAUAAAAUCAUUUGAUUCAAAGGUCAAAGAUCUGAAUAACAGAUUCACAAGAAAAGAAGUUGAUCAAUACAAAGGUUUAGUAAGAAAAGCUAAAUAUGAAGAAUUAGUGAAGUGUGAUGUAAUAAUAUGUACUUGUUCAUUGUCGUCUUUAUUGUCUACACUCAAAGAAGAAGGAUCUAUGAAGUUUGGUCAGUGUAUUAUUGAUGAAUGUGGAAUGUGCAGUGAACCGGAAACCCUAAUACCUCUUACAGUGGCUGACCCUGAUCAGGUUGUUCUAAUUGGAGAUCACAAGCAGCUUCAGCCUAUUAUCAAAUGUAGGAAGGCUGAGAGACUUGGUCUUGGAAUAUCUUUAUUCAGUAAAUACAGUGAAAUGGCUGAGAUGCUGACAACACAAUACAGAAUGGAACCAGAUAUAAUGGAAUUUCCAUCAACUCAAUUUUAUGAUGGCAAGUUGAAUUGUGAUGCUACAGUUCUUCGUAGAAAAAGAGUAAUAUUACUUCCUGGAAGUGAAAAAACGAUGUUUGGUCACGUCGUUGGGAAAGAGAAAAUACAACAAUUCAAAUCAAUUCAUGGUGGAGACAAAUCAAAAUACAACCUUGAAGAGGCAUAUGCAGUGGUUAAAUUGUUGGUCUAUUUAAAAAAUGAAACUUCUUUGAAAAAUUCUGACAUUAUGGUAUUAUCACCAUAUACUGCACAAUGCCACAGAAUUAAGGACAUCAUCAAAAGAAAUCGCUCUCAAUUGAAUGACAUUCAUGUUGGUACUAUUGUUACAAGCCAAGGAAGUGAAGCAGAUUUUGUGAUAUUAUCGACAGUUCGUUCACUGCCGGAUGAGGCAAUAGUUGAUGAGCCAAGUUUGGUAUGGCAAUAUAAACAUCUUGGUUUUGUGUGUGAUCCACAUCAAGUUAAUGUUGCUAUCACUCGAGCAAAAUAUGGAAUGUGUAUUAUUGGAAACAAGAACUUACUUGGAGUCAAUUCUUUGUGGAAAGAAUUAAUCAGCUCAUAUGAAAGAAGAAGAGCUGUUUUCAAAUUUACUGAUCAGUUCUAGACAAUCAUAGCUGCGCUAUUUCUUCAAUGA